CCCCCCCCCCCGAAUCAGGCCCCUAGGGGCAGAAUAAGAGGGAGAAGGGGGCAAGUCAGCCUUCCCCGUUCGAUCGGAAGCAAUAUCUCUCCCCCGGAGGGUCGCCGGCGGAGCAACCGCUGAUGCGGCGGCCAUGGCGUCGGCGGUGCUCUCGUACAUUCAAAGCCUGUGGCCGCUCUCGGCUCUCCUGAAGGAGGACGACCUCGGGGCGUCCGCGCGGCUGGUGCGGACCCUCUCCGUGCCCGAGGAGACGAAGCAGUUCGUGUUCGCGAUCCGGGAGCCCGAGACGCAGGGCUUGCUCUAUAUCCUCGCGGCGCAGAACCUCUCCGAGCAGUCCGCUUUGGACGCCGCCCAUCUGAUCAGGGCGGUGCGGCCCCGGGCCGUGAUCACCCAGGUCGCGCACACAGAGGUCGAGGACGUUUUGAUCGAGGAGCAGUGCCUGGCUGAAGGCGGAGCGGGCGGCGUGCCGGCGUCACCAUUACAGGUGAUUAAGGGUUGCAUCACCGAGAAGAAGAGCAAAGAUCACUAUGUGAAAUCCGCCGCUUGCCAGGUCCUGCGGGAGAUUUUUGGGGUCGGGUUCUACGGCCAUCUAUUGGCUGCCAAGAGAGCCGCGGAGGAGACAGAGUCACAUUUUCUCUUGCUCGGUUCUCCGUAUGAGAAGAAUUGCAAUGCGAGUGGAUCGAGCAACGGAAAUAGUACGGAUGAUAACUCAGCUCAGCAAUCGCAGACUAGCUGCUCUCUCCCUCAUAGUGCCAUGGAUGAUAAAUCUGGUCUCCAGUUACAGAGUAACUGCUUGCUCCCUAAGAGUGCCACUUCAGCAGCAAGCUCCCAUGUCAGGAAGAUAUGCCUUGUGGAUGAUUAUGGAGGACAGCUCAUGAAGUCGCUAGCUCCAACUGCUAACUUGUUGUUGUCCCAAGCUAUCUCUUCCUAUGCUGUUGCGGAGUGCAGACUGUCAGAAUGUAAGCCGGCCGACAGAUACGAGCCUCCACUUUUUGCGCAGACCGUCUACCCUUUGCUCUCUGACCUUUAUGAGAUAUUUGUUGAAAUUCCGUCUAUUGGGAAGGCUAUGGCUUCUGCACAGAUGUUGCUCACUCAAGUUCACAAGGGGAAGCCAGUUUGCAGUGAAAUGUUAUCUGAUGUCUAUGUAUUUGGAAUUGCAAUAGAGGCUCUCAGAAUAUGUUUAAACAAUGCAGGAAGACGCCGCAUUAAUACCAGGGAUAAUCAUAGUUUGGAGAAAUUGGAGUUUGCAGAGCUCCCUUCUGAGGAGAAGUGCCACAUUCUUCUUGUUCAAGCUCUCAGAAGUCAACUAAGGGAGUUCGGUUCUGUGGUGGCUGUAGUUGAUGCCAGCUGCUUAGCUGGAAUAAGGAGACACUGGAACACUCCUGUUCCUUUGGAGAUCACACAAUUAGCUGGCAGUUGCUUCAAUCAUUAUGGCAACAAAAGUGAGAGUGAAAAUGAGAGUGAUAACAAUGAGGUGCCAUUGGACAGUACUGAUAAAAAGAGCUGGAUAGCUGAGAAACCUGUGGUCGCAGUUGGUGCGGGAGGAACAGCAAUUCUUGGUUUUUCAUCUUUGUCGAAAACUAUCCAGGCAUCAGCCAUUCUUAAGUUGGCUCCAUAUAAAACUCCAGUGAUUUUAAAGUAUGGCUUAAUGCAGCUGCAAAGGCAUGCCGGCGUUGUAUUAAGCAAGCUCCUCUCUCAUGGGGUUGUUAGUGCUGGUUCGAAGUCAUCUGUUUUACAGUUCACAGCUUCAGCAGAGAAGAUUCGGGCCGUGACACACACCGUAAUAUCAUCUGUAGAGAGAACUAGCUUGUUGGCGAUGCGGACAUCGUUCUACGAAAUAAUGCAAAAGAGGCAGAAGCACAACCGACCUUUCCGAAUAGCUCCUUGGGCAACAUUUGGUUUUAGCUUGGUUGCAUGUGCUGGCCUCCUGAAGCAUGGAGAUGGGAUUGAGUGUGCUGCUGAGGCCGCACCUUCUGUUCCCAUGAUUGCCUCCCUGGGCCGUGGUCUUGAGAGCUUGCGUGUCACUUCAGAGGAAACGAGGCAAACAAGGAGCCAAAAUGUGAAGGAAGCUUUGCUAACAUUGUUGCGCAGCUUAAAGAAAUCAGAAAAGUAAAGCCACGAUAAUGUACAACUGAAACUGUAUAGAUUUCAUCAUGCAAUUUUGUCAUUAGAGCGAAGCUUUCAUACCAUCUGUACAGUACAUUAUUCUUGUCCUUACUGAUAUAAUGAAAUUCUCAUGGUA